AAAAAUUCGUUCAAAAUAAGGGUGCAUUUUAUUACAAAAAAUAUGUUGAAACAUAUAUUUAAAAAAAUGGCAGAAUGAACUAGAAAACAUUUUACAUUUAUGUAUUCAUUUUCAUCCUCAUCACUAAAACGGCCGAGCCAAAUGCAUCAUUUCUGUCCUUUCUGCUGCCGACGAGACGUGAAGAAAACUCUCGGGUGGCCCUCCUCCUCCUCCUCCUCCUCCUCUCCGGCACGGUCACAUCCAUAACCAUAAAAACGUCAGCUUUCUGGAGCUUCUGCAAGCACAGACAACAAUCUAAAUGAGCGCUCGUUUUCAGGGAGCAAUUUCCAGAAAGGAUGCUGCUGCUGCUGCUGCUGCUGCAGAUUCACAAGCAAAAAAACAUAUUUAUUUAGCAAAAUUAGACAAUUAAAUACAAGCGGCGGGAUUUAAUUAAAAAAUAUUUGUUAAUGCGCAUAUGCUGCACAGCUGCUGUGCGUUUUUUUUUUUUUUUUUUUAUUGUACAAAAAAUGACUAUGAUUGAUUUAAGAGGGCAUUCCGGCCUGCAUGACAUAUGGUUAGCAGGGAAUAAUUAAAGCAAGCAUGUCGUGUCAAACCUCCACACUACAUCAUAACAUUUAAUAUUUUACCCCCAACAAUACCUUCUUUUUUUUUUCUUUUUUUUUCUUGUGUUUUUGCUCCACGGGAAAGCGCCUUUAAACCUGCCUGCUGUAAUGUGUGUAGGCGGACUAAGAAAAAAAAAACCUUUCCACCCACUCCUCGCACACAAAGCUUGCAAACGUUGAGAAAAAAGGCACCAUUUAUUACUUUACUGCGAACAAAUCCAAGCAAAUAAGCUACAAAAAAUGUCGUUUUGAGCCCAUAAAUGGAAAAAAAGCCAGGUGGAGCGAAGGUACUCACCCUUGUUGCGUUCAAUGCCUCCCCGUGCAAGGAGAUCUCGCCUUGUUCGAUCGCUAUUUAUCUCUGCAAAGAUCCCUCCAGCGACAACCGGGAGAAGUAUGUGGGAGCGGGGAUGAAGCCCGUCUGAGUGGCCAGUGUUUCUCGCCCGCUUCCUGGCCGCAUUUGAUCCGGGGGAGAGUUAGAAGCCUUAAAUGUGUUGUGAGGGCACCGAGCUGUCAGACCUUUUGGCGAGUAAGAUUGAUCGCGCCCAGGCUUCCAGCACUCUUUGUUUGGUAUAUAAGCAACAAACUGAGAGAGACCCACACCACCUUUUCCUCUCUCUUAGACGCCACUAAAAGUCCUAUUUGGACUUUUCGUUCAAUGGCAAUGUUGUGCGAGGGUUUACUGACAAAUGUGGCGUUUUUUUUGGGUGGAGGAAAAAAAAAAUCACAGCAGGAGCAGCACGAUUUACACAGCCAAGGACUGUUUUAUGUGAUGUUUAUUACCACCAUGACGGUAAUUACUCAGCUCCAAUUGAUACACUGGGACCACUGUGCAUGUAAACGUUCAUAAAGUUGUACUUACAAAACGUUAACACGGUAGCAUAGGGACAAGCGGUAUAAAAUCGGAUGGAUGGAUAUUUUCAUGUGUUUUGCAGCAACAAGCUUUAAAGUUUGUGUUGUUGCCAUUAGGGCCGCAACAUUAAUCGGUUAAAAAAGAAAUAUCGAUAUAUAGUUGCUAAGAUGAAUCGCUGCAAAAAAAAAAAAAAAUUGGGAACUUUGAAUGGGAUACGAUUAUAUAUUUGUUAUGAAAAAAAAAAUGCAAACAGAAAAAAAAAAAUCGACAUUUAUUUCAACAAUUUCGACUAACACGCAUCAAAGCUGCGAUAUGUGUUUUAUUAAUAUGAUUUUUUUUUAUGUACACAUGUUAAAAGUGGUUUUAAUGUCAUUAAUAUGCAUUUGUUAGACAAAAAGAAGGCUGAUUAUGACAGGCAGACAAAAGAAGUUCAACUAUUUUGACAAAAACGCGCAGUGAGGCGACCAAGCCUGUUUUAUCUGACAAACUCAUCGCUAGAUUAAGAUAGUUUUUUAAUGUACACAUGUUAAAAGUUAAUUUAAUGUCAAUAAUUUGCAUUUGUUAGACAAAAAGAGGGCAGAUUGUGACAGGCAGACAAAAAAAAAAAAGACGAAAACACGCACAGAGGCUACAAAGCAUGUUUUUUUCCCCCCGAUUACUUGAUUAAUUAAAAUGACUCAUUCAUAGAUUAAAUAGGAAAUAGUUUGUUGGGGUAUUUUUUAUUUUAAUGCACACAUGUUAAACGUGUGCAUACACAUUCAUUAGAAGCACACACUGAAGUGUUUUCUCCGAUUAAUCGAAUAAACUCAUCAGGUAUAGUUUUAUUUAUGUUUUUUAUCUGUUUAUCAAUGCACACAUGUUAAAAGUGUGUAUAUGCAUUUAUUGGAAGAAAAAAUAUUGUCAAUUGUGACAAGCAGAAUUUUUUUUGUGGUUAUUUCAACAUAUUUUCCUUGUGAAGUGUCGUAUCACAUUUCUCGAUUAUUUGAACAAAGUCGUCGAUAGAUGAAGUUUUAUAUCGUUUCUGAUUACUUGAUUAAUCAAAAUCACUCACCCAUUGAUUAAAUAGGAAAUAGGGGUUUUCUGUAUUUUUAUUUAAUGCACACAUGUUAAAAGUGUCCAUGUGCAUUUAUUAGAAACACACUUGGAGGCUAUGAUGCGUUUUAUCCGAUUAAUCGAAUAAACUCAUCCAUAGACUAUAGUUUUAUUUACGUUUUUUAUCUCUUUAUCAAUUCACACAUGUUAAAAGUGUGUGUAUCCAUUUUUUAGAAACACACAUUAAGGCUAUUAAGUGUUUUAUCCGAUUAAUCGAAUAGACUCAUCCAUUGACUAUGUCGGGUGUAGUUUUAACGUGUGCAUUAAUAAAGAGGUGAAAAACAUAAUUAAAGUGUGCAUAUGCAUUUAUUGGAUGAAAAAAUAUUAUAAAUUAUGACAAGCAGACAUUUUUUUUGGUUUAUUCCAAGUUAUUUUCUCUAUAAGUGUCAUAUCACAUUUCUCGAUUAAUCGAACAAAGUCGUAUAUAGUUUCUGAUUAUUUGAUUAAUCAAAAUGACUCAUCCAUAAAUAGGUUUUUUUUGUAUUUUGUUUUUAAUGCACACAGGUUAAUAGUGUGCAUACGCACUUAUUAGACACACGCAUUGAGGCUAUGAAGUGUUUUAUCCGAUUAAUCGAAUAAACUUAUCCAUAGAGUAUGUCAGGUAUUGUUUUAUUUAGGUUUUUAUCUCUUUAUUAAUGCACACAUGUUAAAAGUGUUCAUAUGCAUUUUUUAAAAACACGCUUUGAGUGUAUGAAGUGUUUUAUCCGAUUAAUCGAAUAAACUCAUCCAUAGACAAUGUCAGUAUAGUUUUAUCUAUGUUUUUAUCUCUUUAUCAAUGCAAAUGUUAAAAGUGCGCAUAUGUAUCUUUUGGAAGAAAAAAUAUUGUAAAUUAUGACGAGCAGCCUUCUUUGUUGUUGUUUAUUUUAAGUUAUUUUCCCUAUGAAGUGUCGUAUUACAUUUUUCGAUUAAUCGAACAACGUUGUCGAUGGAUAAAGUCGUAUGUAGUUUGCGCACAGCAGAUCUAUUGUUUUUUGUUUACUUUUUAUGAUCACAUGUUAAAAAUGUGCACAUACAUUUAUGGGAAGGACAAAGAAUGCAAUUAUGACAAGCAGAAAAAAAAGUUGUUUAUUUCAACUUAUUUUUCCUAAAACACGCAUUGAGGCCAUGACGUGUUUUUUUCCCGAUUAUUCGAUUCAUCGAAAUGACUUAUCCAUGGAUUAAAUAGGAUAUAAGUGUUUUAUUAUUACUUUUUUUUAUCGCAUACACGUUAAAAGUGUGCUUAUGCAUUCAUAGGAAGAAAAAAGAAUGCAAAUUUUGAAAUGCGGAAAAAAAGUUGUUUAUUUCAAUGUAUUUUUCGUAAGACACAUUAAGGCUGUGAAGUGCUUCAUGUGAUUAACUGAUUAGUCGAACAAACAGAUUUUUUAAAAUUGCAUUUAUGUUUUCAUCAAUCUACACAUGUUAAAAGUCUGCAUGUGCGUUUGUUAGAAGGGGAAAAAAAGCUAAUUAUAACAGGGAAUCACGUUUUGUUAAAGUUAUUUUCCCGAUGACGUGUUUAGUCGGGUUUCCCGAUUAAUCGAACAAAGUUGCCGGUUGAUCAAGUUAUCUAAUGUUUCCGCCCAGCAAAUAUUUAUUUUUUUGUUUAUUUUUCAAUGAGUGCACACGUUAAACGUCUGCAUAUGCUUUUUUUUUUGAAGAAAAACAAAGAAUGCUAAUGUGACAAGCAGGUUUUAAGUUAUUUUCCCCAAAACACGGAUUGAGGCUAUUCGGGAAUUCCCGAUUAAUCGGACAAAAUCGCGGGUUGAUUAAGUUGUACGUGUUUUGUUUUUUGUUUAUUUUUUUAAUGAAUGCACACAUGUUAAAAGUCUGCAUAUGUAUUUGUUAGGAGAAAAAAAGAAUGGUAAUUAUGACAAGCAGGGAAAAAUGUUUUAAGUUAAUUUCCCUUUGACGUGUUUAGUCGGGUUUCCCGAUUAAUCGAACAAAGUCGUCGGUUGAUCAAGUUGUCACAUGUUUCCGCACAGCAGAUAUUUUGUUGUUGUUUAUUUUUUAAUGAAUGCACUCAUGUUAAAUAUGCAUUUGUUAUAAGAAAAACAAAGAAUGCUAAUUAUGACAAGCAGGGAAAAAUAUUUGAAGUUAUUUCCCCUAAAACAGAAGUGAGGCUUUUUGGGAAUUCUCGAUUAAUUGGACAAAGUCGCGGGUUGAUUAAGUUGUACGUGUUUUUUUUUUUGUUUAUUGUUUUUAUGAAUGCACACAUGUUAAAAGUCUGCAUAUGCAUUCGUUAGAAGAAAAAGAAGAAUGCAAAUUAUAAGGGGAAAAAUGUUUUAAGUCAUUUUCCCUAAAACACGAAUUGAGGCUAUGACCUGUUCAUUCGGGAAUUCCCGAUUAAUCGAACAAAGUCGCGGGUUGAUUAAGUUGUACAUGUUUUUUUUGGUGUUGUUUUUUUUUAAAUGAACGCACACACAUUAAAAGUGCAUGUGUUUUUACCCGAUUACUCGAUUCAUGAGUACAUUAAUCCAAAAUAAUUCACCAUAAUAACCCUAAAAUGUGCUUUUUAAGGGAGUGAAGACAGCACAUGUUAAAAAUCUGCAUAUACUUAUUUUUUUUAGAAGAAAAACAAAGAAUGCUAAUUGUGACAAGCAGGGAAAAAUGUUUUAAGUUAUUUUCCCUAAAACAGAAGUGAGGCUUUUCGGGAAUUCCCGAUUAAUCGGACAAAGUCGCGGGUUGAUGAAGUUGUACGUGUUUUGUUUUUUGUUUAUUUUUUUUUAAUGAAUGCACACAUGUUAAAAGUCUGUAUAUGCAUUUGUUAGACGAAAAAGAAGAAUGCAAAUUAUAAGGGGAAAAAUGUUUUAAGUAAUUUUCCCUAAAACACAAAUUGAGGCUAUGACCUGUUUAUUCGGGAAUUCCCGAUUAAUCGAACAAAGUCGCGGGUUGAUUAAGUUGUAAAUGUUUUUUUUUUUAAAUGAACGCACACAUGUUAGAAGUGCACAUGUUUUUACCCGAUUACUCGAUUCAUGAGUACAUUAAUCCAAAAUAAUCCACCAUAAUAACCAUAAAAUGUGCUUUUUUAAGGGAGUGAAGACAGCACACGCUAAAAGUCUGCAUAUACUUUUUUUCCCCCCCGAUUAAUCGAACAAAGUCGCAGGUUGAUUAAGUUGUACGUAUUUUUUUUGUUGUUGUUUUUUUUUAAUGAACGCACACACGUUAAAAGUUUUUACCCGAUUACUCGAUUCAUGAGCAUAUAAAUCCAAAAUAAUCCACCAUAAUAACCAUAAAAUGUGCUUAUUUAAGGGAGUGAAGACAGCACACGUUAAAAAUCUGCAUAUGCUUAUUUUUUUUUUGAAGAAAAACAAAGAAUGUUAAUUGUGACAAACAGAAAAAAAUGUUUUAAGUUAUUUUCCCUAAAACACGAAUUGAGGCUAUUCGGGAAUUACCGAUUAAUCGGACAAAGUUGAUUAAGUUGUACGUGUUUUGUUUGUUUAUUAUUUUAAUGAAUGGACAUGUUACAUGUCUGCAUAUGCAUUUGUUAGAAGAAAAAGAAGAAUGCAAAUUAUAAGGGGAAACAUAUUUUAAGUUAUUUUCCCUAAAACCCGGAUUGAGGCUAUGACCUGUUUAUUCGGGAAUUCCCGAUUAAUCGAACAAAGUUGCGGGUUGAUUAAGUUGUACAUGUUUUUUUGUUGUUGUUGUUGUUUUUUUAAAUGAAUGCACACACGUUAAAAGUGCACGUUUUUAUUCGAUUCAUGAGUACAUUAAUCCACCAUAAUAACCAUAAAAUGUGCUUUUUUAAGGGAGUGAAGACAAUCACUUUGGGGUAUGUUUUCUUCUUCUUCUUUUUUUUUUUUUUUUAAUAAGUGUGUGUGUGCGUGCACGUAGGUGCGUGUGUGUGUGUGUGUGUGUGUGUGUGGUGGGGGGCGUUCUCGCCUGACAUCCUCAAACAAUACGAGAAAGAGGAGUGCACGAAUCCGCGCGCCCCCAGCUUUAGGGGUCCUUUUGCACGAGCGAGAGCGUCCGCCAUUCCUAAAAAAAGACCCUAUUUUUAAGAGUCGGGGGGUCCCGAGGAGGACGAGGAUGUGAGGGAAAGUCCCCCGAGCUGCAGCCGCAGACUUUUUCGGGAUCCAUCGGCGGGGGGUGGGGGGGUGCAAGCUCAGUGGCGCGUUUUGAUGAAAGCCCAAGUUGUCAUUGGACAGAAGUCAUCAUGUGACAGGGCCGUCGGUGCAAUUCCGAGCUGGCGUGCAUGAAUCCACUCCUUCCACGCUGCUCGGCCACAAUCGGGGGGGAAAGCCCAUCACGGGAGCCUUUUUUUCCGGGGAUGAUUUGUCCUCCCGGCCGCUGAGCUCGCUGGACUAGUAACGCGCGCAAGACGUUCCUGGGGCUGGAGAUGAAUUACGAAUUCGAGCGAGAGAGCGGAUUUAUCAAUAGUCAGCCUUCGCUCGCUGAGUGCCUGACAUCUUUCCCCCCUGUCGCGGAUUCCUUUCAAAGUUCAUCAAUCAAGAGCUCGACACUGAUUCCCCCUCCCUUCGAGCAGACCAUCCCCAGCCUCAACCCGGGCAGCCACCCGCGUCACGGCCGGCCGAGGCACAGCCCGGACGGAUGCAGCCCGCUGCCCACCGCCUCGCUGCCCCCGGAGUACCCGUGGAUGCGGGAGAAGAAAGCCUCCAAGAGGAGCCACCUGCAGCCCACGACCACCGCCACCGCCUUGUCCAAUGGACCCGUGUGCUUCUCCCCUAAAGGCUCGCCGGAGGUCGUGGACGUGGCUCCAGGGGGCUCCCGGCGCCUCAGGACCGCGUACACCAACACGCAGCUGCUGGAGCUGGAGAAGGAAUUCCACUUCAACAAGUAUCUGUGCCGACCCCGCCGGGUGGAGAUAGCGGCCCUGCUGGACCUGACCGAGCGCCAGGUCAAAGUCUGGUUCCAGAACCGGCGCAUGAAGCACAAGCGCCAGACCCAGACUAAGGAGAACCACAACGGGGGCCGCGGCGGCCGGGCUGAGGAGGAGGAGGCGGAGGAGGAGGAGGAGGAGGACGCCAUGCACUGCAGCGACGAGGACGACGAGGGCCCCCAGUUGUACGAGCAAAGCGGGGCCCUGCUGGAGAGAGACACCUUCUCCUUUCACAACAACAAUCCGGCUCCCACGCAGCUGCACGUCCACAAUAGCGGUUACGCCCCGACCCCGCUCCACAGCAAUGAGAAAAAUCUCAAACAUUUCCCCAACGCGGCUGCGGGCUGCGCGGCAACAAUGGGCCCCGGCUCGGCGGCAUCUGGGCCGGACAAUGGCGACUGCAGUCCCCCGGCCCUGGACGUUUCUAUACACGACUUCCAGGCCUUCUCGGCGGAUUCCUGCCUGCAGCUCUCCGACGCCGCCUCGCCGAGCUUGUCGGAGUCCCUGGACAGUCCCGUGGACAUUUCCGCGGACACUUUCUACUUUUUCGCCGAGUCCCUGACGACGAUCGACCUGCAGAAUCUCAACUAUUAGCCGCGUUUGAUUUCUUGGUUGCAAACCUUUUUUUUUUUUCUUUUUUUUUGUGGACGGCGAGGCCGGCGGUAAAUCGAUUGUAAUUCCCUUCCCAAAAAACAAAAAAAAAAAAAAAGAAAGAAAAAAAAAAAGUUUUUGUGUGUGUGAGGGAGGGAAAAUUCAUGACGUGUGUGUGACAAAUUCUACAAGUUUUAUUUUUGUAUAGCUCCUUGGAUAUUUUUGUUAGAAUACAAGAACUUGCUACAA